UGUCGAACCCGAUUCAAACUUUACUAUUGUUUCUCCUUACUAUCUUCGAAAUCGCGGAAAUCAUAAUAACAGACGGGGACCUCUUUUGGACAUUUCAGUUAAUCCUCUAAAAGUUGCUAUCAAUAUACCUGAUAGUACCUCUACUGAUAACUCUGCUUCUACCGAUGCUGCUAGAAGACCAAGACCCGUUCGUGGUAGAGCCACUACCACUUCUGCUGUAACUUCUACCGUAGGUCCUACCGUAACUUCAGUAGCUAGUUGUAAUGGUUACUCAGUCGAAGGUCCUUCUCCUUCUGCUCCUGCAAAUUUGGAUCGUAUUGACCAACAAACCAAUUCUUUAGAUGGAGCCUAUAGUUAUCCUAGUAGUUCUGGCUCCGGCGUUAAUGUUUAUAUUAUUGACACAGGAAUUUAUAUAGCUAAUCAAGAAUUUGGAGGACGAGCAAUAUGGGGUUCUACUCAAUGUAGCGGUUGUCAAGACAAGGAUGAUAAUGGCCAUGGAACAAACGUCGCAGGAAUUGUUGGAGGAACUACUUAUGGUGUAGCAAAAAAUAGUAAUCUUAUUGCCGUUAAAGUUUGUGACCGUUCAGGUGUUUGCCAGAACAGUGAUAUCAUUUCAGGAUUAAGCUGGGCAGCGCAACAACACACGAGUGGCCCUAACAAGAAUUCAGUGAUUAAUUUGUCAUUAAGUGGUGGCACUUCAUCAUCUCUUAAUGACGCGGUUCAACAAUGCAUAAAUCAAGGUAUGCAUGUCGUUACUGCUGCUGGAAAUUCUGCAGACGAUGCCUGUAACUAUUCACCAUCGUCAGCACCUAAUUGCAUAGCAGUUGGAGCUACUGAUAAUUCAGCUGCUAUGGCAAGUUUCUCGAAUUAUGGAACUUGUGUCGAUAUUUUCGCUCCAG